AUGUCAAUGAGAAUAAAACUCGAAACGGAAAUAUAAAUAGUACAAAAAAAAACUGAGAACAAUGAUUCGACUGCCAAAAAAUCAUUCAAGAGUUUGAGGUUUGAUUUGAGUGCAGAUAAGAAUCAACAUCAGAAGUCAACUAUUUCUACAACCACAGCCAAUAAAUCGUUCUAAAUACUCCCUUACUCCGCUAAUGCUGGAAACUGUUUAAGUACUUCUUCUCAAUAGAAAACUUAGAAAGAUUAGUUUGAAAAUUUGAAAGCAAAGAACCAAAUUUAUUUGCUAUCUAGAAAUAAUAACGGUAAAACUUAAAGCUCUACGAUAGAUAAUACAAUAAUUGGAAAACGUCGAAUAUCUCUCAAUCAGAAGUUUUAGAAGUAGUAGGAUGAUCACUUCAUCAGCCUUUUUACUUACAACAAAACAGCUUCAGGACUUAAGAGUGAGUACAAGAAUAUUAAGAACGGCCCAGAUGAUGUAGCUGCUUAUUAUAAACCCAGAAGAAAUUUAAAUAAGUACGAUGAAAAGCAAGAUAAACUAAUGAAUGCAAUAUCUUAUAAGAGCUCUGACAAUUCAGUGUAAAUGCAAAAAUUUUACAAUGAAAAGAAAGUGAAUAAUAAGGAUAAGUAUCAGAUAAUUUUUAAGAAUGGUUAAGUUUAAAACCUGGAUGAACUAAACUUUAUAAGUGAUGCUGAAGUAAGAGCAUUAUACAAAGCUAAGUGUGAAGAUCUAGUGAUUCCAGAAGUUGAAGAUUAAUAUGAGAAAUUCAAGGAGAAUUGCUAGCUGAACUCAGUAAAUGGAAAACUCAAACUUCAUAAUUUUAAUCUUGGCCCAAGAGCAGCAAAAGUUAUUGCAGACAUUAUGGUAUUCUUAUAAAUUUUUAGAUAUAUAGAUAAUUUUAUUGGAAACGAAGGUCUAAUGGCUAUUGCUGAUGCCUUAUAAAAAUAGAGUCAUAUCAUCAGAAUUGAUGUAUCAACAAAUAACAUUACUCAAUUAGGCACAGACUAUCUAUACUCCUCUUUGAUAAGAAAUAACACUCUUAUUGAUAUUGAUAUUUCUUCAAAGGAAGGUAGAUUUAGGAACAGAAUGACUGCUAAAGGAGUUGAAGCACUAAGUCAAGUUAUAUUAAAUAAUCCAUUUUUGCAAAUCCUAAAUCUGUCAGGCAAUGCAUUGAAAAAUGAAGGAAUCAGAGCACUCUGCUAAGCUAUUUAGGAAAGUCAAUACAAGGCAAUCAUCUCUCUUGAUAUUGCUGAAAACGAGAUAAGUUAUCUUGCUUGCGAAUACCUACAUAAUCUACUAGUUGAUUCAAACAUCUUGAGAUUAAAUCUUAAAGGAAAUAAUAUUGGCAAUUAAGGGGCGGAAAAACUAUCUCAGGCAUUUUAUUUUAGUCGAUCAAAACUAAUUUAUAUUAACAUGGCAUCAUGUGGCUUAAAAUAACUUGGAAUGAUAAAAAUAUUGGAUGCUAUUAAGUAUAACUACUAAGUGCAAACUCUUAUCCUUGAUGAUAACUUCGGAGGUAAAGGCCAUAGUUUUAACAUCAUGCAAUCAUUGAUGUCGCAAAAUAGAUGCUUAGUACAGUUUAGCGCCUAAAACUGUAUGCUUGAUGAUUCCUUUUGUAUUCCCUUAGGUGAUGGACUCCAUAAUAAUACUAGAUUAAAAUCACUGAACAUUUCACACAACUAAAUUGGGAAUGAAGGAGCUAUAUCAAUUGCUACUGCUUUGUCUUUUAAAGGAAAUAAUACUAAUAACACAACAAAUUGUCUCUAAGAGUUAAUCAUAAGUCACAAUGAUAUUGGGGAAGCAGGAGGAAUAGAACUUAGUAAAAUGAUUUAAUCUAAUAAGGCUAUUUUAAGGUUUAAUCUCUCAUACAAUAAAAUGGGAGAUCAAACUGGAUAAGAUAUGAUAAGAGCAAUUGGAGACAAUGACAAGAUAGAGUAUCUCGAUCUCAACAAGAAUCAAAUUAACUGUCGAUAUGUUGAAUUCAUCGAGGAAAAAUGCAAAAGAAAUAUCGCUGAAAAUCAAAAGGCAAUUGUUCCUCACUUCUAGAAGGACCUUAAAAAUUUAUAAGAGGUAACUUCUAAGUAUCCUUAGGUACAGAGAAGAAUGGCAAGAGCCGAUAAGAGUAAUGUGAAAGAGAAUCUGAAGUAUCAGCAAGAAUAGUUAAGAUUUGAAAAAUAUAAAACAGAUCUGUAGUACUAAUCAUAAAUUAUUGGUUCAGAGCUAAUCAAUAUUGAGAGAUUAUCCUAGAAACUCUCUUUGAAAUUAGAAGAACUAGACAAACAAUGCAAACUUUUAUUAGUUAGAGAGAAUAAAGAGAAGACCAGAAUCAAAGCCAAUUAUCUCAGAGGAGAGUUACAUGCUUAUAGGAGAAUAUAGAUUGAUAUCAAUUCAUAGAAUGAAGUGCUUGAAUCUAAGAUACUGUAAAUGAAGGCAGAAAGAUUAUAUCUAUUAAAAGAAUAGCACAAAGCUAUGGUCAUAGAUCCUAGCUUCAAUGAAUCAAGGCUUAGUAAGGAAUUGGAAUCGAUUAAAAAAGAAAACUCAAUUAAAAAUGAUAAAAGAUUUUCACUUGCACAAAGUCUUUCUCCAAGAAAAAGACAAGAUCCCCUGUUAUUGUCUUAGAAAAAUGACUCAAUUAAAAAAUAAACGAUAGCUGGUUCCAGAAAUCUCAAUUCUUUGAGUAGACAAAAAUAGCAGUCUGCAAACAACGCUAAUUUAGCUAAGUAAUCGCUAAUGAAUGUUACUGCAUUUGAUAAUUAACCAAUAAAGAGGCCUAAUAGUAAAAAGUCCUCUUAUAGUUCAGCUCAAAUCACUAAAAAUGCAAAAUUUAAUACUCUCAAAAGAAAAUAAACUAUAAUUUCAAAUAAUAUAGAUAACUUGUAAGGAAUUUCUCAACCAAGAGCAAGUUCUAAUCAAUCAAACAAGAGGAGACAUAUGAGCUAGAAAGAUGUUUAAGUGCAUCAUAUUAAUUUGAUCAAAGUGUAGUAGAUAAAUGAAAUACAAGAAUAAUCAUCACUUUUCUCAUCUGAUUUUGAGGAAAACGAGAAAAAUCUUUGA